GCACUUUAUCAGUCCAACAGUCAACAGCAGUCUGCCGUCGCGAUUGGACACUAUAAAUCAAAAAAUUGUGCUGACUGAAAUAACUUGAAAAUAUGCGUUCCACUUGGUUGCUGCUCUGCUUGGGGCUGCUGGCACUUACGCUAGUGCGUGCCGAAGAGAAUGAGAUUGAAGAUGCUCUGAGUGAUAUUGACUUGGACGAGAAUGAUGAGGAGUUUCUGCUGUUGCUCGAGGAGAAGAACAAGAACCACGAUGUGGAGCGCGAAAACGAAAUAGCCCAGAAGCUGGCGGAAGCACAGCAUAAACUGCUGAAUCCCGUCGUGGAAGUUGAUCCUUGCGAGACCAUGUUCUGUGGUGCCGGUCGUAUUUGCCAACUGAACAAGGGUAAGCCCGAGUGUAUAUGCAUUCCCGAGUGCCCAGAGGAAUCGGAUACGCGUCGUCAUGUAUGCACCAACAAGAACGAGACCUGGUCCUCGGAUUGUGCCGUUUACCAGCAGCGCUGCUGGUGCGACAUCAAAGCCGAAGGCUGCCGUGAUCCCGACAAUGCUCAUUUGCAUAUUGAUUAUUAUGGUGCCUGCCAUGAGUCGCGCACUUGCGAUGGUGAAGAUCUGAAGGACUUCCCCAGACGCAUGCGCGACUGGCUCUUCAACGUCAUGCGUGAUCUGGCUGAGCGCGAUGAGCUAACCGAUCACUACAUGCAAAUGGAGCUGGAGGCGGAGACAAACCACUCGCGCCGCUGGUCCAAUGCUGCUGUGUGGAAGUGGUGUGAUCUUGAUGGUGACACCGAUCGCUCCGUUUCACGCCACGAGCUGUUCCCCAUUCGUGCUCCCCUUGUCAGUCUGGAACAUUGCAUUGCUCCCUUCCUGGAGUCAUGCGACUCCAAUAACGAUCAUCGCAUUACGCUUAUUGAGUGGGGUGCCUGCCUGGAAUUGGACGCUGAGGACCUAAAGGAGCGCUGCGAUGAUGUGCAGAAGGCUGCGCCACAUCUGCUGGGUUAAGCUUUUGAGCGCAACAGCACCCAUCACAUAUACACAUAAUGCUAUAAUGUAAUUUUACUUAUUUUGCGCACAAAGUUUAUUUCAAUAAUUGACUAAUAAACGUUCCAAUAACAA